AUGGACCAGGCAUACUUGGACUUUUUGGUGCGAUGGGAGAAACAAGAUGAAUGGUCUUUCUUCGAUCUGACUGGAUGUCCCCGAGAAUUACUAGUUCACCUAUUUCAACUUGCCGAGUUAGCCAAGCAGUGCGAGGUCGCCUUAUCCAUGAAAUGGCUGACUUUCAACAUGACUCCUAUCACAAAAAUAGAACAGGAACUGAUCGAGUGGAAGAAUGACACAGACUCUUCUUCAAGUUACAAUAACUCCAACUUGACUGACGAGGAGGCGAUAAAACAGCUCCACGAGCAACAAGAUCGCUACCACUGUGCUGAGGCCUGGCGAUAUGCAUUGCUCCUCUAUCUUGAAUAUAUCUUCAAGAGUGAUCGGAACAGACGAUCUCUCAGCGUCAACAGACUGGUGCGCAAGACGAUUGAUCACAUUCGGUGCUGCCGACGAACGUCCCAGACACAAAAGCAACUCCUUAUCCCAGUCUUCCUUGCUGGUAGCGAGACCUCAGAUGAAGAUAUGCGUCAUUUUGUGAAGGAGUAUUGUGCUUACUGGGGGGAGAAAUCUCGUUAUAGCAUGUUUAAUUCUGUUCCUGUGCUUUUUGAUGAAAUUUGGGCCACAGGAAAAUGGUGGGGUGCCGUGAUUGAUAGCAAGACGCGACCUAGUCCUGGCCAUGGACAGGGAACUACGCAAUUAUUAUUUGGAUAG